AGCCAGUUUGGUUUCAGAGAGGGCUUGUGCACUGAGCUGGCUCUGAGAAAAUCCAUUUCAGAGAUUUCAAACAACAUCAACAGAAAGGAUAUGAAAAGAGUUGCUGGAAUGUUCUUGGACAUCCGGAAGGCAUUCGAUACUGUGAAUUAUGAGAUUCUGCUGCGAAAACUGAAGCUGGCUGGCGUGCGUGGCUUGCCCUUGGCGUGGUUCCAUUCGUAUCUACAUGGACGUUCUCAAGCUGUGAAGAAUCCUCAGUUCAGAUGUGAACUAUGUACUAAAUCGUUCUACCGGAAAGACUCGCUGAAAAAGCACUUCAAAGAAAGACAUUCUACAGCUACCACAUCUUCAGAACCCAGCCAGGCUCAAUUCUCGUGCUCUCAAUGCGGAAAGAAUUUCAAAAGUCAAUCAGCUUUAGUCUUUCAUCUGCAGACUCACAAUGGAGAUUUCAAGUUCCAGUGCGAGAACUGCAACAAAUGUUUCGUGCGCAAGUGUCACUUUGAGUCGCACAUGCGCUCGCACUCGGAGAGCCGACCCUACAAGUGUUCGACGUGCGGCCGCGGCUUCAAGGAGAAGAAGCACUGGAAGGUGCACCUGAGGCGGGUGCACACCAACGAGAUCACCAUGCAGUCGCUGCUCGACUCCAUCACAAGUGAGGCGGCCCUCUGCACCGACAACACCGACAUGAUGCACCACCCUGUGCUGCAGGCCAACGACUGUCUCGCCAUCUCUCAGUCCUACAUCAUCAACGCUGGCAUCGAGUUGCAACAUAUGUAGCCAAAAUAUCAGAGAAGUAGAAUAAUGAGGAACUAGUUUCUGUUGUUGAACCAUUUUCAAUCUGUCAUGUUGCCUGCAUUGCACUUGUCGCAGACUAACGAUUUUUUCAACUUCAUUGCUAUUUCGUAGUCGUACAUGAUCAACGGUGGUAUCGAGAUGCACAUUUCAAAGGAAAAUGAGUAGCCAACAUAUCAGAGAAGGAAAAUAAUUACUGUGGAUCUUGGUUAUAAAGGUCAUUUAAGGGACCACACAUUUUAUGACGCUAUAUCAGAGUAACACUGUAAAAGAGGUUUCAAAAUCUUAAUUUAAAACCGAGAAAAAUUGAAAACAUAAUGGAAAGAAACAUUGAAGAAUAAAAUAAUAUCCGAUUCAAAGCCCCAGAUACAUUAUCAGAAUCUCUUGAAACAUCCAGUUAUUUUUGGUUUCAUGUACUUUGAGAAUUUUUUGCUUGGCCAUUUGAUUGUGCAUGAUAAGAGACCACUUUAUUCAAUAAACUGCUAAUCUACAGUACAUGGUUCGGCAUAGCGCCGUAGUUAAACUACUACAUCUACACACAGACAUAACAAAAACAUCCAAAACUACAAUAUAAUAGUUCAAAAUAUGUGUAUUUAUUCAAAACAAACCAAACAACGAAUAGAACAGCAACUGCAACUAAAAAAUGUCUCAAAGAUUCAAAGUUCUUUACUAUUACUGAUAGGAGAGGAUCUGAAAAUGAGAGGAGAUACUGAAUAUGUCCGAAAAGUGGAUUAAGUCAUCAGUGGAUUGCAACAGAAAGAUUUAUGAUCAAUUUUAUAGGAAAAAAAGAAAAUUUGUCAUUUUUAAAGAAAAAGUCAUAAUAAACAAUUGUCAAGAUCGACUUCUUGCACAAAGUUGGAAAUAAAAUAGAAAGGUGUCAGUUAAACAGAUGCGACUGUUUUAUUUUGAAUUCGAGAAAUAGUUAGUCUUGUAGUUAUGGAAUGCUGAUAAGAGUGCUUCACUUUGCUACUAAACACCUUGAUUCAUGACAGCAUUUACAAUGAGCGACAAUAACAAAUCGGUCACCAAAGAUGCAGAUUUGUUUCACACCAUUGAGUUGAAGGAUUUUUUCAAUUUUUUUUAAUUGAAAGGUCGCCCAUUAUCCCUAUCAAGCAAAGAUUGCAAGCUAAUAUUCUUUUGGAAGUCCAUAGUAAUUGACAAAACUGAUUGGUUCUUCUGAGCAAGCCUUCUUAAUUCACGUUUACGAUCAUAAAAUGCCUUUAUUGAUGUGUAAAUUCAUUUCCAGUUUCAAUCUUCUUGAUUCAAUCCACUUUCAUUUCAGUUUUUAAUACAGAAACAGAAGCUUUGAAUGCAUCACAAGCAGAGCAUGAGUCCACUCAAGGAUAAUUAAUAGAAAUAUUGAAGUUCGAGUUGAAAUUACUUCUAUAUAAAUCAUGAGACACUUUCAUUUCUUUAUAUUCAUCGUGGGAUUUGAAUAUAUAAACAAUUUUUGAAACAUUCACAUUUUUCUGAAAGUGAUUUAGUUUUAUUAUAGUGAUUUGGUCUGGCAAUAGCUUUGAAUGAUUUUAUGUUCUGGAUAAUAGCAUUUUUUGUUUCAAAUUCUAAGAUCAUGUUG